UGUAUUUUGACGCAUAAAAAUCAAGCUAUGUAGAUGAAAGUUUAAAGUUCUGCUGACAAAUGAUAUAAGCUGGCAGAAGAAUAAACAGAUCUACCACUCCAGUACAUGGCAACGAUGCAUCUUUGUUUGGUUUAUGUCUUGUAAAAUAAUGUUAAUGUUAAGCAGUGACAACAUUUAGAAACUACGGCAAAGAAAAAAAGAAAAAUGUCAGAAGACAGGACAAAGCAAGACUCUACCUCUGGAUCCAAAACAAGACUUUCUGAGAUAAGAAUGUUAAUGAUUGGGGGUCGAGAGUUGGGGGGGAAAGAAGCAAGUGGAAAAAGUUCAGCAGGAAAUAUAAUUUUGGGGAGAAAUGCUUUUGAUACCAGUAGAAGAACUGCACGAUCUGUUCAAUCUACAGGAAACAUACAUGGAAGACAUCUGACUGUUGUUGACACACCCGGCUGGUGGUGGCAUUACACUAUUGAAAAUACCCCACUGUUUGAUAGACACGAAAUUAUGAAAAGUCCCACACUAUGUCCUCCUGGACCUCACGUUGUCCUUCUGGUCAUACCUGUGGAUUUAGCAUUUCCAAGUAUCCAUACAAUGGCUGUUGAAGAACAUCUGAAGUUUUUGUCAAAGAAAGUCUGGAGACACAUUAUAGUGUUGUUCACUUCAGUUGAGCCAUAUGAUGAGAGCUCUUUAAAAAACAAUUUUAGAAAAUGGCCAGAUCUCGAACAACUGUUAAAGAGAUGUCACAACAGAUACCACAUUCUUAAUAUUAACAACAAGAGCGACAACACUCAAGUUAUCACGCUGCUGGAAAAGAUUGAGAAAAUGGUGGCGCAAAACAAUGACAAAUGUCUUGAAAUCAGUCAAAGCAUAUCUGCAUUGGUUAAGAAAGAGAAAGCAACAAAGGCAAGAGACAAACAAAGAACUGUCUCUGAGGGUAAACAAAUGCCUGAACUUCAAGCUGACAACAGAGAUGGGCCACAACAUCUAACUGACAUAAGGACUGUGAUAGUUGGAGCUUCUUGGGCUGCGAGAAGCUCUGCAGGCAAUGUCAUUCUAGGGGAGGAAGUUUUUGAGGUUGAUGAGUCAAGAACAACUGUGCGCUGUGCAGUUGGUCAUGCUGAAGUCCAUGGCAGAAAGAUAACAGUGGUCGACACUCCAGGCUGGUACUAUAACAGUCCUCUUGAAAACACAUCAGAGAUGGACAAACUUGAGAUUAGACAUAGUGUAUAUUUAUGCCCUUCUGGACCACAUGCUAUUUUGGUAACUGUUCCCAUUGCCACAGCUUUUAACAAGGCUUAUCAAACCGCUGUGGAAGAAAACAUGAGUCUUUUAGGGGAAAAUGUGUGGAAUCAUACAAUUGUGCUGUUCACUCGAGGAGACUGGCUCGGCGACUCAACAAUUGAAGAACGUAUUGAGACUGAAGAAGGACGCCUUGAGUGGCUGAUGGAAAAAUGUGGAUACAGAUACCAUGUUUUAAACUGCAAACAGUACAGUGACGGUGCACAGGUCGUGGAACUUCUUGAGAAGAUUGAAAAAAUGGUGACAGAGAACAACGGGUGUUAUUAUGUUCCAGAUAUAAAGAGUGAUCCAGCAGAUGAGCUUGAAAAAAAAAAGAAAACGGCCACUACUAACAAGAUAAAUGUGAGCAAGCAAAGACAUAUCCUUAAAGAGUUGCUCAAAGAACGAAAAUACAAUCUCUCAGAUGUAAGGAUUGUGCUUCUUGGAGCAGAGGGAGUCGGUAAGAGCACAGCUGGGAACAUUAUUCUGCAUGGAUAUUUCUUUGAGUCCACACUGGCAGAGGGUCAUGAAAUCCAUACAAGACAAUGUGUAACAAAACAAUGUAAAGUUGAGGGAAUUAAUGUCUCAGUGGUGGACACACCAGGCUGGUCCAAAUCAACUGUGGAAAAUGAAAAAGAAAUUUCACGCAGUCUGGCAUUUUGUUCACCAGGUCCACAUGCAUUCCUGCUAGUGUUACCUGUACACAUGCCUUUUACAAUGAAAUCUCAACAAACAGUGGAAGAGCUCAUGAGCCUUUUUGGAGAGAAUGUCUGGAGUCAUACUAUAAUAUUAUUCACUGAGGGACACUGGCUGAAGGAUAAACCAGUUGAGGAGUACAUUGCAUGUGAAGGAGAAGCUUUGCAAAAGUUGGUAAGUAAGUGUGGAAACAGAUAUCAUGUGAUGGAGAAUGACUGGAGUAACAGAGCUCAAGUCAGAGACUUGCUAAAGAUGAUUCAACAGAUGGUGGCAAGAAACAGAGGCGAACACUUCACUCUUGAACAAAAGGGAAGCAAGUUAGGAGUCCUCAGGUGGCUCCGAGUGUCAAAGACAAUGACCGAAGAGGAGUGGAUGGAACGUGAGGAUAAACUUAUAGACAGGGUGUUGAAAACACUAGUUGUGGAUCCAGAUGAAAACCCAAAGCAGUCAUCUCACCGACUAAAAGGAAGCUUUGAAGGCUCAAUCCCAAAUAUGAGUGGAGAUUCUGGAUUUUCUGACUUCAACAGUGAGUGUAGAGUUGAUGUUUUCAACUCUACUUUUAAAGUAUCUAAUUGGCUUGGUCAUCCAGAAAAUAACCCAACAUCCUCUGGAUAUGACACAAUGAGCAUUGUAUCCAGUACUCAAUAUCAGAAGAUGGAAGAUGUCAAGGUUGAUAGUUACAUGCCCAGACACCCAGAGGACACUCCGAAACCUGUUAGUGAUACGAGUGCACAGAAGCAUUCAAGAUCAAUAUCAAUAUAAAGCAACAGUUAUGUGCAUUGUGUUAAUUAAGCAAUGAAAUAUCUUAUGUGCUAGAUGACACUGGAUGUUUAUUGCUGCAGAUGUGGUUCUCGAUUCAAGACAAUAUAAAUUUUCAUUCACCAGAAAAAAAGGGACUCAUUGCUUUGUCAAUAAAUAAUACGUUUCUGUUUUUGACACAUGCUGAGAUAACAAAUACAUUAAGCAUUAUAAAUGUAGUGUGUAAACACGAGUGAACAUUACAAAAUUAAGAAUAUAUGUUUGUGAUAUCUUGAAGCUGUUCUGGUGGGACACAAUAAUCCAAUAAAUUUGAUAUCUAAAUAUUGUUACAUAGUAAUAUCCUAAAUAUUGAUGUAUAUAACAAACCUUUACUCACUAGUACUACA